AUGGCUUCUUUUGGGAACCAACUAUCUUUCUUUUUGCUCAUGGUGCUUCUUGUCUCCCCGCAAAUUCAAGCCAGAGAAGGCAAGCUCUUCAGCUUGUUCUCCCAUUUCAGAACCAUCUAUAAUCUCAAAGAUCCUCUUCAGAAAACUAAAGUUGAAUCUCCAGCAUUAGCACCAGGACCAGCGUUAGCACCAGGACCAGCAUCAGCACUAGGACCAGGACUCGAACCAGCGUCAGCACCAGGACCAGCACUUGAACUAGUUUCAGCACCAGCGCCAGCACCUUCCGUUGAACAAGCAAUUGGGUCAACAAUACCAUCUGGGGCAGCACCAGAGCCUGAAUUUUUGGACAGAGGAGAGGGUUAUGGUCUGUAUGGUAGGGACUCUUAUAGCCAAUACUCUCACACCAAAGAAACUCCUACCACCACCACAACCUUUGAAAAUGAGCUUCUCAAUGAAGACUUCAAUGAUGAGAGCUACAAAACAGGCUACCCCAAAACCAAUUUCUACAGUAACUACAAGCACAAUGAAGAGUUCAGAAACAAUGCCAACAACAAUGAAGAGUUCAGAAACAAUGUCAACAACCAUGAAGAGUUCAGAAACAAUUUCAACAAAAAUGAAGAGUUCGGCAACAAGUAUGAAGAGUUCGGAAACAAUGGCAACAGGUAUGAAGAGUUCAGAAACAAUGUCAACAACAAUGAAGAGCUCUUCAGCAACCAUGACAACAAUAACGAAGAGUACAGGAACACUUACACGGAUGGCUACUCUAACAACAACUACAAUGAGAAGGGAAAUUACCACAACAACAACUAUAACAGCAUUGGCUAUCAGGGAAAGAGAGAAGGAAUGAGUGAUACAAGGUUCCUGGAGAAUGGUAAGUAUUAUCCUCAUGUGAAUACUGUUAAUGAGAAUUUUAACCUUAAUGGGUACGAAUCAGGGAGAGGGAAUACUGCUGAAAGUGAAGGUUACUACGAGAAAAGUCAGUAUCCUAACGAGUUUGACACCAUGGAAGAGUACGAGAAACAGCAGGAAGAACAAGGUUACAGGCCUUGA